UGUAAUCCGGUCGCGGUGGUUUCACCGUAGCCAUGGACGCGACGUCACGUCUCUAUCUCCCCGGCUACUUAACCAAUCGGGCGUGCCGGGGUAGGGACGCCCGCCUGCAGCCGCAGUCCACGAACCCAUCGCUACAGCGGUGCGGCCUCGCCUCACCCACCCACAUCACCACCGCCGAAAAAGAAGGUCCCGGAGAAGCGGCGACCGAGGAAGGAUGCCGUCUGCGCGGCCGGCGGUCUUGCUCGUCGCGGCCCUUUGUCUAUGGUGGUCGGCGACCGGCGCGCUGGCGGACGGCGGCAACGGCACGGUGUGCCUGUGCACGGGCCCGCAGUGCGUGCCGCCCUGCCCCGUCCCGGGGACGCCGCCGACGACGUCGCCCACGCAGUUCCCCUUCUGCCCGCAGCGGCCGCCGGCGGUCGGGCCCUUCCCCUGGGAGCAGCAGCCGCCGGCGUCGCCGAGGUCGGGGUCGGGGUUCCCUCAGGACGCGGGCUUCCUCGCGGCAGCAGCGGCCAGCCCCGCUAGGAAUCCGGCGGCGUGGCUGGCGGUGGCCGCCUUGUGCUCUGCUUUCCUGCUGCUCCUGCACUAGUAACCCUCUAUCUGGCUAGCUCAUCCACCCCUGUAGAUUGACGGAUGUUGUCUGAAUACUGAGCGGCUGCUGUGCUGAUGUCUGAAUCUAUAUGUAUGUAAUUCUAGGUCUUGAGUUCAAUUCUAAAGGCAAUCUAAGAAGGGUUGGUUGGGUUCCUCCUUUCUGCA